AUGGCAUCUACAUCAAAGAAAAGGAAGGAGAAAGCACCUGAUAAGUCAUACAUUCAAGAUGAAGAAUCUGAUGACGACAUGCUUAAUUUAAUCUUGUUGGACUUCGAACUAGAGACCUUCAAACCAACAUCUAAUGAGUCGAAUGAUUUGUUUCUCAACUUAUUAUGUGAUGAUAACUACAAUGGGUGGGGCAUGGGAGAUGAAGGCACUGAUGACCACAAUGAUGCUAAUGAGCAAUGUCAUUUUGAAGAUAAAAAAGGAGUUUAA